CAGGAGUACUGGAGCAGAGGAUGAGAGGAGAGCAUUCUCCUUUCUCCUCCCCCGUCGCCGCCCCCGACCAAACCCUUGCCCUGGUCCGCCGCCCCCACCCCAUCCGCGCAUGGGUCCGCCGCCGCCUGAGCCGUUUCCGGACGAGAUCGUCGAGGAGAUCCUCGUCCGCGUCGCGCCCGACGACCCCGCGAGCCUCGCGCGCGCCGCCGCCUCCUCCAAGCCAUGGUGCCGCAUCGUCACCGCCCCCGCCUUCCGCACCAGGUUCCUUGGCCUCCAUCGCGGGCCGCCCCCCCUGCUCGGCUUCCUCUGCGACCUCAAGGGCCCCGUCACCGCCCGCUUCGUCCCCACGUCCACCUUCCGCCCGCCCCGCGCCCACCACCGCGGCUUCCGUCCGCACGACGCGCGCCACGGUCGCGUCCUCCUCCGCCCCCACCCCUCUCACCAUGCCGCCUUCGGCCUCGUCGUCUGGGACCCCGUCACGGACGAGCGGACCAAGCUGCCCAGGCCGCCGCUGUUCGCGAGCACCUGGAGAGCCGCGGUGCUCUGCGCCGCCGCCGCCGACGGCACGUGCGACCACCUUGACUGCCACCGCGGGCCCUUCAUCGUGGUCUACGUCCUCGACCAUCACAGGGAGGGUAUCCUCACCUGCGUGUACUCGUCGGAGGCUGGCACAUGGAGCAAACCAGUCUAUGAUGGGCACAGGCGCAUCCUGCGUAACUUUCUCAGUGGGGAGCGCGGUGCACUUGCCAAGAAUGCGCUCCACUUCAUGAUUGGGAACGAAAACUCAAUCCUCAGGUGUGAUUUGCGCACAUUGAAAAUGUCUGUGAUCCAUCUGCCUCGCCUGCACUCGGACCGAAGAUUAACUCCCCCCGUGCCAAUUAUGCUGACAACUAUGGAGGAUGGUCGGCUGGGAUUCGCAGUAGUGGAGGGCUCCAGAUUUUGCCUAUGGUCGAUAGACGAUAGAGAGUUCGGAUGGCUACUAGUCAAAGUCAUUGAUCUUAAGAAGCUGCUCCCCCUUGAUGCCUCUUCGACUGCCAAUCCUCGUUUGCUUGGAUUUGCGGAAGGUGUUGGUGUCAUUUUCCUAAGUGUUGGAAAUGAGAUCUUCACUGUUGAUCUAAAGUCCACCUUGGUGAACAAGGUAUAUGAGGGCUCAGGCGUCACUGGCAUCAUUCCCUACAUGACCUUAUGCACUCCAGUAAUGGGAGUGCCAUCUACAGAUGAUGGAUCAGGAGCUGGUGGCUCAACUGAUCAAUGGUCAUGUGUGGCCAGUGGUCUUCGCAGUCAAGGCAAAUAGCUGGUGCUGUUCCUUGCGGUACAUACAUGGAUUAAGCCGAGUAAUUGCAGAGUAAAGCACCCGUACAUAACAUACCGGAAUCGUGUGAUAAACAUACUGUUAUCAUGCAUUAUGUUGUGUGAUUAUGGGCUCUCAAAACUGGCUGAAAAUCUUACUGUGUAUGUCAUGUGUGAUUGAGCUGCUCCGCCAAGGUGUCGGUUGGUAACCAGAUUCA